UUUUUUUCUGAAAUUUUCGUUGGUGCGUUUUAUACACCGGUCCAACUUAUGUACAGCUUCUUCCUGUUCUUGUUUUUUUAAAAGAAAACAGCUGUCAAAAUCAGAUUGGAUACAUGGCCUCCCGAAAUGCACUGAGUUGACCUCUUCAUCCAGCUGCUACAGGUUGUGUGCGUGCUAUGGCGGUACUGGGUUUUUCCCAUAAUCGAGUAGUUGCGGAGCACAGUGCGAGGAGGACUGAGCAGCAAUGCGAGCAGCAGCAGGCCAUGAAUCGACCGACUCUGAUGUCAUCACAUCUGCAGAUCGCUUCCAAGAUACGGUGUGCGUCUUUGCAUAAACUGCGGAGUUGCUACAAGAGUACGAGCCAGCUCCUACGCUGCCGCCUUCCCACUUUCCAUCCUUGUGCGCAAUUUGGCUCACCGAUGCACGCUUUCACUCGCACGUACAGCAUGUACGGCGCACAGGGAUGAUGUUAUCACCCUUCGACAUUAUAUGGUACAUUGGGGCGGCCACGAUGGCAGAAAUAUGCCUGGGGUGUGUAUAACAUUGCUUGUGUGUGACCCGCGUUCGCGAAGGGAAACGUCUAUAUUAUUUCUUUUUUAAAUUGCUUACCGACUGAACAGAUGCAUCUUAUACACCGGUCUGACUUGUGUACUAUUUUGUUCAGAAAAACUGCCGUUUUGAGGGGCCGGGGUGCGACUUAUACAAAGGUGCGACUUGUACACUGGAAAAUUCAUAUUAGGCAAAUCAAAACUAGUUAACCAGCCGUGCUCUGUUUGGUCUGAUCUGAAAUUACCACCAAUACUUCUUCAAUGAAGAAAAAAGCGAUCUUUAAUAUUAGUAUCUAUGUUGUGUUUUUUCGUUGGAAUUUCAUAAUUGCAAUUUUGUUUUCAAAUGAAAAGCAUUACUAUGGUACCCUGUUCUAAUUUCUUUUUAUGCAGCAUCAAGGCCUUCCAGCUGUCAAGCUGCAACUAUGAAAAGUGAGAAGUCACAUCGGGGACGCCGCCACCACUGUAACUUCUGCGACUAUAAGUCUGGUAAAAUUUCUAAUCUGAAAACACACACCAGGGUUCAUACGGGCGAACAGCCGUUUAAAUGCCAUUUGUGCCCUCGGAGCUUCUCACAGAAGAGUACUCUCAAUAUACACCUGCGCGUUCACACAGGUGAGAGGCCAUUUCAGUGCCACUUAUGCCCUAAGACGUUUACAGAUAGAUCCAACCUUAAUAGGCACCUACGCAAUCACAAGGGCAAGGAACCCUUUCAAUUUUAUGCAGCAUCGAGGCCUUCCAGCUGUCAAGCUGCAACAACGAAAAUUGAGAAGUCGCAUCAGGGACGCUGCCACCACUGUAACUUCUGCGACUAUAAGUCUGGUAAAAUUUCUAAUCUGAAAGCACACAUCAGGGUACAUACGGGCGAGCGGCCGUUUAAAUGCCAUUUGUGCCCUCGGAGCUUCUCACUAAAGAAUACUCUCAAUGCACACCAGCGCAUUCACACCGGCGAGACGCCAUUUCAGUGCCACUUAUGCCCCACGACGUUUUCAUAUAGAAGCAGCUUUAAUAGGCACCUGCGCCAUCACAAGCGUAAGGGACCCUUUCAAUGCUAGUUGAGCUUUCGGAGCUUUUUUUGUAAACAGCACACCUUACUUCUCAUUUAAGAGCAUUUUACAAGUGUUGAAGAACCUGUGUAAGACAAAUAUAAAGCUGUGGGUCUAAUAUCAAAGAUAUGCCUUCAUCAUUACUACUAGUGUAUUCUCAUGCAUAUAGUCAACUGCUGCAAAGUAGACUGCUGUCAGUGCGCGCGUGCAUAGCUUCCUGCUAUGUUUUGUGCACUUGUUUACGCUUCCAUUGAGCUUUACUUGAUUGUAUUUGUUUGUCUCAUUUUGACUGUUGGCUCUUAAAAGACAGUGGCCAUAAAAUAAAUUAUUCUUGUUCUGUCAA